AGAGAAGCAGACAUUUGAAGAAGAUCUGCAAAUUGCUAGUGGCUGCAGUGCAUGUGCAUGGUAGACCCGUCUGUACACUGUGAUUGUUGAAAAGUCUCAGCCAAUACAAGUUUUGUUUGUCUAUAUAGACGAACUAGUUAUCAAGCCUGAAUUGCAUAUCUGUCUAUCAGUUCUUCUUUCCUCAACCUUCUUUCUUCUUAUAUAUCGAACAUGGCUAAGUAUCAUUCAAGUGGGAAAAGCUCUUCCAUGACUGCUAUAGCCUUCCUGUUUAUCCUUCUAAUCACUUAUACAGGCACAACAGAUGCACAAUCCGGGGUAUGUUAUGGAAGACUUGGCAACAACUUACCAACCCCUCAAGAAGUUGUGGCCCUCUACAAUCAAGCCAACAUUCGCAGGAUGCGAAUCUACGGUCCAAGCCCAGAAGUCCUCGAAGCACUAAGAGGUUCCAACAUUGAGCUUUUGCUAGACAUUCCAAAUGACAACCUCAGAAACCUAGCAUCUAGCCAAGACAAUGCAAACAAAUGGGUGCAAGACAACAUCAAAAACUAUGCCAACAAUGUCAGAUUCAGAUACGUUUCAGUGGGAAAUGAAGUGAAACCCGAACACUCAUUUGCACAAUUUCUAGUGCCUGCAUUGGAAAACAUUCAGAGGGCCAUUUCUAAUGCUGGCCUUGGAAACCAAGUAAAAGUUUCCACUGCCAUUGAUACUGGUGCCUUGGCAGAAUCAUUCCCACCAUCAAAGGGUUCCUUCAAAUCUGAUUAUAGAGGAGCAUAUCUUGAUGGUGUCAUCAGAUUUCUAGUGAACAAUAAUGCCCCAUUAAUGGUUAAUGUGUACUCUUACUUCGCUUACACUGCAAACCCUAAGGACAUUAGUCUUGACUAUGCACUUUUUAGGUCUCCUUCGGUGGUAGUGCAAGAUGGUUCACUUGGUUACCGUAACCUCUUUGAUGCUUCGGUUGAUGCUGUUUAUGCUGCAUUGGAGAAAGCAGGAGGAGGGUCAUUGAACAUAGUUGUGUCUGAGAGUGGAUGGCCUUCUUCUGGUGGAACUGCAACUUCACUUGAUAAUGCAAGAACUUACAACACAAACUUGGUUCGGAAUGUGAAGCAAGGAACCCCUAAAAGGCCUGGUGCACCCCUUGAAACUUAUGUGUUUGCCAUGUUUGAUGAAAAUCAGAAGCAGCCAGAGUUUGAAAAAUUUUGGGGGCUCUUUUCUCCUAUAACUAAGCAGCCCAAAUACUCGAUUAAUUUCAAUUAAUUUUUAGCAGAAGCAUAAUUUGGUGUGAAAUAAGGGCCACGAGUCCAAAUGAAACUUCAAUAAUUGUUUUAGAAGAGGCAGGUAUAGAACUUUAAUUUAUCUGCAUUCUUGAAGUCUGCAUGUACCAUUUACGAGCUAAGUUAAUUAGCUUUAAAUAAAAGUUCUCUUAUUAAUGAUCAAGAAGAUCUUCUUUUGCUCA